AUGGACGCCGCCACGAGCAAGAAGAGAAAGUCACGCGACUCCAAUGGCGUGAAGGUCUCUAGCAAAAAGCGAGCCGCCGAGGCAGAGAUCCCCGCCGCCACGACGACCGCAGAGGCCCCCGCGAAGAAGUCCAAGAAGGUGAAGCGCAGCAAGCAGCCCGAGGCCGAGCCGGAAUCCGACAAUGAGGCGGUGGAGGAGCAAGUCGAGGCCGGCAGCGACGCCGAAGAUGUCGAGAACGAGGAGGAGACGGCCGCCGCCAACUUCAAGACGGCACAAGACGACGAAGACGAGGGCAACGGCUCCGACCUCGACGAUGACGUUCACGCGCCCGCAAAGGACACCGCCGACGGCGAAAACGACAUCCCCAACGCGCAGCAGCUCUCCCUCCCGCCCGCCGCCGGCGCCGAGGCCCACGACUUUGCCGAGCUCAACCUCUCCGAGAAGACGAUGAAGGCCAUUGGCGACAUGGGCUUCACCAAGAUGACGGAGAUCCAGAGGCGGGGUAUCCCCCCCUUGCUGAGCGGCAAGGACGUCCUGGGCGCGGCCAAGACGGGUUCCGGAAAGACGCUCGCGUUCCUCAUCCCCGCCGUCGAGAUGCUCAGCGCCCUGCGCUUCAAGCCGCGCAACGGCACCGGCGUCAUCGUCGUCUCGCCCACCCGCGAGCUGGCGCUGCAGAUUUUCGGCGUCGCGCGCGAGCUGAUGGCGCACCACUCCCAGACGUACGGCAUCGUCAUCGGCGGCGCCAACCGUCGCGCCGAGGCGGACAAGUUGCAAAAGGGUGUCAAUUUGCUGAUUGCCACGCCCGGCCGCCUGCUGGAUCACCUGCAAAACACCCCUUUCGUCUUCAAGAACCUCAAGUCCCUCAUCAUCGACGAGGCCGACCGGAUAUUGGAAAUCGGUUUCGAGGACGAGAUGCGGCAGAUUGUCAAGAUCUUGCCAAAGAACGACCGCCAGACGAUGCUCUUCUCCGCGACGCAGACGACAAAGGUCGAGGACCUGGCGCGCAUUUCGCUGCGCCCGGGACCGUUGUAUGUGAAUGUCGACGAGAAGCAGGAGCACAGCACCGUCGCGAACUUGGAGCAGGGAUACGUGCUCUGCGACGCGGAUAAGCGGUUCCUGCUGCUGUUCUCGUUCCUGAAGCGCAACCUGAAGAAGAAGGUUAUCGUCUUUUUCAGCAGUUGUAACUCUGUAAAGUACCACGCCGAGCUGCUCAACUAUAUCGAUUUGCCGGUGCUGGAUCUGCACGGCAAGCAGAAGCAGCAGAAGCGGACGAAUACGUUUUUCGAGUUUUGCAAUGCCAAGCAGGGUACCCUCAUCUGCACCGACGUUGCCGCUCGUGGUUUGGAUAUCCCCGCAGUAGACUGGAUCGUCCAGGUCGACCCCCCAGAUGACCCGCGCGACUACAUCCACCGCGUCGGCCGAACCGCCCGCGGCUCCAACAGCAAGGGCCGCUCCCUCAUGUUCCUCCAGCCCAGCGAGGUCGGCUUCCUGACGCACCUGAAGGAGGCCCGCGUGCCCGUGGUGGAGUUCGACUUCCCCGCCAACAAGGUCGCCAACAUCCAGUCCCUGCUCGAGAAGCUCAUCAACCAGAACUACUACCUCAACAAGAGCGCCAAGGACGGCUACCGGUCCUACCUGCACGCCUACGCGUCGCACUCGCUGCGCACCGUGUUCGAUGUGAAUAAGCUGGACCUGGCUAAGGUGGCAAAGAGCUUUGGGUUCUCGACGCCGCCGAGGGUGGAUAUCACUGUUGGCGCGAGCAUGAGUCGGGACAAGAAGACGCAGGGGAGGAGAGCGUACGGAAGUCAGCCUAGGAACCAGCAGAGUGGUACCGGUGGGUUUUACAAGAAGCGAAUAGAUUUUGGUCAGCACGGCGUCGCGUUCAUCAAAAACCAUGAUGGUCAAAAAAUGGUAAUUGGGACUUUGAUUUGUUUUUCUGAAGAACCCAGACAAAUCCUUUGGGUUUGUCGAGCUCAAUGUCUACCGGAACGGCAAGAAACAUCCAUCUUUCAGAAUGAGGCCAGCAAGUUGAGGCCAGCUUGGUCUACUGAGCCCAAGAGCUCACCAGAAUACUCUAUUGAAUCUGUUCUUCCACACCGGCUAUGGGCCUCAGACCGGGCUCCUCCUGCUUCACUCACCCCGUCUCCGGGCCAUGCAAUUCUCCAUAUCUACACCAUUCGGACGAGAGCUCGAAUCAACCACAUUACCAACCCAUCCCAUCCCAUAUCUUUUUUCCUCCCACCCGGCGUGCCUUCCUUUCUUGAGAGAGUUUCUUCCAACUCUUUUUUUCUUUUUCUUCUCUGGACCACUACUCGAUUCAUUCUUUCUGCUCCAUCCAUAUAUCACCAAGAAGUCACACAUUUUCCGUCUACUUUCUCACCACAGUAUCGAGAACCAAAGUCAGCUUUGAGCAAAUACCACAUCUCGGAGUACCACAGUCAAAAGACAGCUGAAGAUUUUACUCGAUACCCAAAGAAACGAGACAAUAUACCAGAGAUCACCUCGAUCCACAGCCACUCCGAUCAUCACUUCCUGCCCCCUUCUUUUAGGACUCCGAUAUCACAAAACACACCCUCACAACACCCAUAUCAAUCCAACAACUCAACCCCCAUCAUUCACAAAGAAUCAACUCCAAGCAACCUCAAAUCACCCAAACCACACCCAAGAAUAACCAAGAUGUGCACCUACACCUACACCCUGCACACGGCCUGCAUGCACAAGCAGUACCAGAACAUGAUGGAAUGCGUCCGCACCCGCACCGGCGACAGCACCACCCGAUUCGGCACCUACAGGACCCUCCACGGCGAGCUCACCCUCAACAGGCCCGUCCACCUGCCCGAGGAGGAGCCCUUUGACAUUCCGCUCCGGGAGUGUCGCGCUCGGCCCCGGUUCGCUACCCGUCCUGUGUCCGGGCUUUGUGUUGCUUGUAAGAGGGCAGAGAAAGAGAAGCGGGCUGCCGAGGCUUUGACGACACUGCCUUGCCUAGAAGUCUAUGCACAGAGAACAUUUUAUGAUUCAGCAUUGUUUAAGGUUGUAUCCGGUACUACAUCUACACCCAUCAUGGGGUUGGAGACGCUGGUUGCUGCUACUAAGAGGAUGGAUCUGGAGGAUUGA